AUGGACUUGGCUGGCACAAUAGGCCUAGAAACGGCUCAGACGGAACCACGGGCCACUCAGCCACGCUACGCCAUCGAAACGGAGCCCUUCGGAGAAGACGAGGUUGAGCAAUACCUGGCGGAGCUUCUGGGCGCAUACCGAGCAUGCUACCCCGAGGCGAACGAAGAAGGGGUGCCACGAUCCGGCGACCCCGACCAGGCGCAGAACAUCCGACACACCCUCAGGACUCUCUUUGGCCACCACUUGGAGUUGGUUGAUGACGACCAGUUCCUGCUGCAAGAGGAGGAGGAAGACGUAUUGGAUGCCUUCAUGACACUGAUCCGUGACAAGCGGGUCCUGUUAGGCCACCAGGGAGAAGCCUUUGCGAGCUUGUCCGACUGUCUUCAACAUCUCGAGAACCUGUCGCAUUCGACAUUUGUCAAACGGAUACUCUUGUCCGUGAGAACUUCCCAAGGGUCGCUUCUCGCGGCGCACUUGCCCGCCCGGAAGUUCGGCGGUAUCAUUCGAUGGAAGUUGGACGAGAUCUAUGGGAUCUUCUGCGAAAUCGCACAGCUCGAUAUCGCCUAG